AUGAACAUCCAGGAGGUCGUACUUGAUGACAAUGAAAAUAACCGUAAACGGUUGUCCAAAUCAUGCGAUGUCUGCCGGGCAAAGAAGCUGAAAUGCGAUUCGCAAAAAGAAUGUUCACAUUGUCGAAGUCACGGAUUUGAGUGUGUAUAUUCUUUCGUCAAAAAACCGGGUCUUAAACCCGGUUAUGGAAAAGAGCUACUAAAGAGGCUAUCUUCCUUGGAGGAAGAAAGCCAGACGUUCCGUAAGAAGUUCAAACUUAUUGAAGCGGCACUUGGAAGCUUGCAGGCUGGCAAAUCUACAAACCCCGUGGGACAGAAUUUGGUGAAUUUGAUGAGCUCAGAGGCUCUUCAAGCUAGUGUAACAUCUGUGGACGCUGGCUUGACUCAACCUCAAACAUCCAUGACGUCAGAGAUGGAGCGUAAACGCGAAAACAUGGAAAACAUCAGACUUCUCAACAGCGGGUUACCAAGACCUGGAACGCUUAAACAACUCGUCGAUAUAUUCUUUGCCAAAGUAUUUCCGAGCUUUCCUGUUAUUCAUCCACUGGAAACAAGAAAAACUAUACAGCAGUAUAUUUGUGCGAUCGAAGCUGCGAAUGCCGCUCAGGAGUUGUCGGUUCACAAACCACCCUUGAUCAUUUAUGGGAUUCUUCUAAAUUCAGUGCAAUACAUACAAGAAAGCAAGAAUAUUUUCAUGUCCAAGGAUGAAGUUGAACAAUUGAUUCUCACAUGUAAGCAGAAAAUCAUUCUUGAGUGUUACUCUGUCUCCUCGGUUGCUCAACUUCAAACAAUAGCGUUAAUGGCUUACUACUCGUUUGGAAAUUCUGUUGUUCCGGAAUCGUCGUCAGUUAUCAGCAUGUCUGCCACUGGAAUGAUCCACUUAAAUAUUUCGGUUACCAACGAUAUAACUUCUCAAUCCACAUCUCCGGAAACUCCAAAGGAGUCUUUACCAUACGUUAUUCGACCGAAAAGAGCAAAAGUUCUGAAAGAGCCUGUCACGGUCAGUGAGAAAGAGGGUAGGAUUCGGUUAGGAUGGGGUAUUGUUGCUCUUGAUAUUCUGAAUUCAUUCUCUUCAGGCACACCCUUGUGCGUGCCCGACUCCGAAGGAAAUCUUUCUAGGCCUUUGGGAACCAAGUUGUGGAGUCAAAUUGACGACCCAAACUAUAAGCCAUCUCUUUUCGCCAGAAAUGGUUCAGAAAUAGAAACCUUUGAUGCCUUCAGCUACUUCACUGAUGUAAUACAGAUGAUGAGAAGGAUGUAUGGGUUUAUCUCUCACCCGCGGAAUAUAGCUGACAAGCAAAAUGUUUGCGAGUGGUUUGUGCACUUUCAUAUGUUGGAAAACGAAAUUAAGGAGUGGAAGAGCAAUCUGCCGUCUAAGUACGCUUCUCUGUUGGACUCAAGCACUUUGGGCACCGAACAACAUACCUUUGAAGAGAUCGCAGGUCUGGCUCUUUUGCACUCUUCAUAUCACAUAGCACUGAUCAAGAUGCACAGCGCCUAUGGAUACCCGCAUAUUGAAUCUCCAGCCUUCAAGCAUUCAGAAGGCUCGCGGCGAAUAUGUCUCGAAUCAGUGGAAAGGGUAGCAUUACUGGCUCAAAAUAUUAUGGAGCAAGAAAAGAAGAAGGGUGAAAAAAUGCUUGAGAACUUGGGACCACAUUAUUCUUUUUGUUUAUGGGUUUGUGCCAGAGUUCUGAUAGCAGACAGCAUAUUUAACCAGGCUGCAAAAAGCCAGUCAGAUCGGGAAAAUCUCAACAUGAAACUGAAGCUGUUUUGCGGAAUAUUGUUCGCAAUUGGGAAGCAUUGGCAGGGAGCUCAAAAAUAUUAUAGGAUUUUGAGGCAGCUACAAAGCUUCGGUUUUGAUACUCUCCCUGCUUCUGCAAACGCAGAUUAUCCAGAAGGAAACGAGGAUGAAAUACCUCCGUCCCAGGCCAUUGCUGACAUGAGGAUCAAUGCACAUCUACUUUCUCUCAUUUUGAACAAAAACUUAGCAAAAGAUACUCAAAGCCGGAAACAUCACGAUAACCAAAAUGCUGUUAUGGAUAAAAAUGGUCUGUUAGCUUCGACGAAGUCAAGAUCAAAUAGAACCCAAGAGGAGAGUAUGCUUCUCGACGCUUUCCAAUUUGACACCAGCUCCUUUGGAUUUGAAGAUCUACUUGGGUAUUUGACUCAAAACAACAUGGCACAAGAACCUCUUUAA